UUGCCAUCAUCAAUGUACAAUUCUUCCCAAGGAUUUAGCUCGCAAGUAGGAUAUCGUGGACAGUGUAGUUCGGCCUCAGACAGUCCCAUCUUUCGUCGCUGUGUCGAACAAAGCGUGAUUCCUAGUUCUUCUCAACAACGGGUUUUUCACGAUUCGGAUUUGCUUCGGAGAGAUCCUCUGGUAACCAGUGUUACAACAGCAAAGAACCCAAUAUUCCAGCACUGUCUUGAUAAUAUGAAAGCGGAAUCUCGAUCCCCUCGUGAAAAUUCAGUGUUCUGCAAUGAAUCAAAUGAAUCAAAUGAACAGUAUUCAAGAGAGCUAGCUCGUGAUGAUGGGAAUAUUACAAGACCAUACGUCGUGAAUGAAAGGUUUUCCUCACAAGACACAAGCAAAACCUCAUCUUCAUCGCUUACAAAUGCGAGCAAAGGACUUGGUAACGAAAUGCAAACUAGACUUAAGCUCGUUUCAAACGAAACACCAGAAGUUGCCGUAAUGUAUAAUAUUCGUGGACAGCCGACCUCACCCAACUCCACAGGCGUGAGUUCUCCACAUUUGGCUGGAGUCGGUAGGGCCAGACUCCAUGCGGAAGCUCGAAGGAAAAAUUUUGGCGGUGUCACUUUCAGUCCUUCAAAGACAUCAGGAAUUGGGGUGGCCGGCACUCCUUCGACUGGAAGGGGCAGGGGCAUGUUAAGCCUCAUGUAAUCGUCAUCAUAAAGUCCACUUAUCGGUGAGAUGGCUUGAGCAGCGAAAGAGACGUGAUUCUCUGUACGUGGUGGAAAAAUAAAAGGAACAAAUAUUUACACGUUUAUAUUUCAGUUAAGAUGAUAGACACAGUUCCAGUUUCAAAAGUGAUUAAUUUAUUUUUCGACGGAUAUGCUACUCGAACUCUUCCGUGGGUUGCAGGACGAGGGUCCCGGGGUUCCGCCCCUUCUUUUGAUACUGAUACUGUGGACGUGACACUCCAAAAAGCUAAAAGCGUGUGUUACCGCACGUAAAUACGUGACACGUAAUAAACUGGAGACAGAAGUCAACUUAAAGGCGAUGGCGGUUAAUUAAAGAUCUGUCUGGUUCGCGCUUCAAAAAUUUGCCGCUAAAGCGAAAUAUUUGUUUGGUUUUUCUUUCUUUUUUUUUUUUUUUUUUGCUUAAUAUAUUUAAAAAAAUUCAUCGACGCUUCUGAAUCCACUCGUUGUUGUAUGGAUCUGGUGUUAUUUCAAGUUUAUCCUUAAAGUUUAAUCCAAGAGAUUACUUGGAACGCCCCCAACGUACUUGAAUUCUGAACUUUGAGUAUCAGCUGAUACUGUAAAGUUUGUUAUCAAAAAGUGUUUAAUAAAUCGAGAAAAUAA